AUGCAGCUUGUAGACCACCUGCUCCUCCUCCUGGUUGGACUACUGGCCCUUUCUCAUGAUGGCCAAAGUCAGACCGACGGCCACCAACAGGAGGAUCCAGGCACAGGUGAGGGCUCCCCCAGCCUCAAGAUCGCCCCGAGCAACACAGCCUUUGCCUUCAGCUUCUACCACCUGAUAGCUUCCCAAAACCCCGAGAGCAACAUCUUCUUCUCCCCGCUGAGCAUCUCUACUGCCUAUGCCAUGCUGUCCCUGGGGGCCCGCUCAGACACCUGGACCCAGAUCCUCGAGGGUCUGGGCUUCAACCUCACAGAGGUGUCAGAGUCUGACAUCCACCAGGGCUUCCAACACCUGCUGCAGACUCUCAACCUCCCGCAUGACAACCUGGAGACCCGAGUAGGCAAUGCCCUCUUCCUGAGCCAGGACCUCACGCUCCUGCCGAGGUUCCUGAACGACACCAUGGCCUUCUAUAAGUCCACGCCUUUCCGCUCCAACUUCCUCGACCCUGAGGGCACAGCCCAGCUUAUCAACAACCACGUCAAGGAGGAGACUCGAGGGAAGAUUGAGAACUUGGUCAGCGGGCUGAGCACGGACACAGUGAUGGUGCUGGUGAAUUACAUUUACUUCAAAGGUCGGUGGGCGAAGCCGUUCAGCCCCUCGAAGAGCGCUCCUCAAGACUUCCACGUUGACGAGAACACGGUGGUCAAGGUGCCGAUGAUGUUUCAGGACAAGAACCGCCACUGGUACCUGCAUGACAGAUACGUGCCCUGCUCGGUGCUCAGGAUGGACUACUUGGGGAACGCCAAGGCCUUUUUUAUCCUUCCCGACAAAGGCAAAAUGAAGCAGGUGGAGGAGGUUCUGACCCCAGACAUGCUAACCAGGUGGAACAACAUGCUCCAGAAGAGUUCUUUCUACAGGAAGCUGGAGUUGUAUUUCCCCAAGUUCUCCAUUUCUGGCUCCUAUAGCUUAGAUCAGACUUUGCCCCAGCUGGGCAUCAGGGACCUGUUUUCGUGGCAGGCUAACUUGUCUGGCAUCACCACCCAGAAGAAUCUGCUGGUGUCCAAGAGCUUCCACAAGGCCGUCCUGGACGUCGAUGAGGCGGGCACCGAGGCUGCGGCGGCCACCAGCGUCUCCUCCAGCCUUCUGUCCGCCUACCACAGCCGCCAGGUCCUUCGGUUCAACCGGCCCUUCAUUGUGGUGAUCUUCUCCACGGACACCCAGAGCAUCCUCUUCCUCGGCAAGGUUGUGCACCCCACGAAGCCGUAG